GAGUAAGGGGAAAAACGAGGGCUGGGAGCAGAAAAACGGUUAUGAGGAAGAGGAGGGGAGGAAGAGGAGAUGGGCCGGCGCUCGCUCUUGUACAGGAUGUUGUAUCUAUGGCAACCUCUGCUGGUUAUCAGAAAAUUGAAGUCCCUUCUGUUCGUUCUGCUCUGCCUUUUCAGAGACGCGGUGCCAUUUAUCUCCCGCUUCAUAUUCUGCUCUUCAUCUCAUUACCGAGUCGUGCGCCGCAGAAACAAAACAAAACAAAAACACAACCCGGUUCGGCGGCCUGCAGACGGAAAGACUGCAGCCGGCGUUUACUCUUCCACAGAAAAUGAAACAUCUCCCCUGAACCAAUAUUUGCCGUGGACGUGGUCUGUAAUGAAAAUCCUGCGCGUGGAGCCAGCCAGCGAUCUAUGAGCUGCAGAGGGACGUGCACAUGAAGGAAGAGCGUGUUUGUUCUUCAGCGGAGGGAGGAGGAGGAGGGAGCUGUUUGCUCUAUAGAGCGAGAGAUGGAUGCAAUUAAAGAAGAGGAGCACCUGUCCGCUGGAGUCGCCGAGCCGCUUUCAUGCAGCGGCCGAGGAGAGUUUCUGCGAGAAAAACAUGAAAGAAGGAGAGAGAACCCAAUCCAGCUGGACGGCUUUGGUCAGGGGUGUCCAAAGUGCGGCCCGGGGGCCAAGUUUGGCCCUCAAGAAGGCUACGUUCACAUUGCAGCCUGAUAUGAAAAUGGAUGGAGAUGCUAAUUGUGCUAACGAUGAUAAUCGCCAUCAUCGUUUGUCUUCAUCAUUGCUCCAUAUAGCUUGAAAAUGGCAAAUUUCAAGCUAUAUGGUUACAAGUAUUACUUGUUUUCUUUCACUGUUGUAUGCGAUGUACAAUGGCUGCUGGAAAAAAAACAAGUAGUUUGUUGGUUCAGAAACCAUUUGCUGCAUUCUUGUUGGUUGUGCAGGAGGCUCCACUUCUGCUUUUUAAACGUAAACGGUUUAGAAGUGCGGAAAGACAUCAGUUCAAUAAAGAAUCAUAAUUCUCAGUCCUGGGAAGUCUGAAUCAAUUCUGAAUACUGAAAAAUGGGGAGCUGUAUACGUUUCUAAUAAUUUUUUAAAUAUUUUUUAUUAUUUAAGAAAAACCCGGGCAGCUGAGGCUACAUUCACACUGUGACCCAAAUCCAUUUUUACUCUCUGUUUCAUUUCCAUAAAGGAUUUAGACAGUUUGGCAGACCUUCCUUUGUUUUAAAUCUGGAAUGAUUUUCAUGUCCCUUGUCUACAGAAAUCUGACUGCUUUUCACUCACUGUUCAAGAAUAUUUUUAAUAUUUUUAAGCCUCACUAGUUGUUUCUUCUCCCCAGAAAAGGCAGGAUUUACCAUAAUCAGACCAGAAAGUUUCUCCCAGUUUCACUCUGAGUCUUGACAUUAGAUCCACUACAGAAAAUGUUCUCCUCUCUGCUCAUCUCACCACUAAACUAUCUUCUGCUUCCCUUUAUAACUCGUUUUAUGGGAACUUGGUCAGAUGUAAUUUACAGUUAAGCAGCUCUCUCACAUCAGCACUCCUUAAAAACCCGAUCGCUUCGUCUGCUGUCGUUUUCAGCGCGUCUUUGUGUCGUUCCUCCUUUGGGAUCGUAAAUACUAGCCCGCUCUGUGAACUCCUGGGCAGCAAAAGAAAAAAGAAAAGUAAAAGAAUAACAAACAGUUAAAGAGCAGAGCAGCAGCUAAAGCUUCUGCAGAUGACGUCUGCUCUGGCUUUUUGUGUUAAUCUUCCAUCAACAAUAAUUGCAAGCUAAAUCAUGCAGUGACGCUAAUGUCUGCAGAAUCAGCGGUGAAUCAUUUAUGGCUCUUAUAAUAGAGCUGCCUUAACCAUUUCUGUGAAACUCCUCCCAUGGUUUUAGGAGGGAGAGCUUGGUUUCCUUGUGGUUUUGACUUGCUCUUGAUAUUUUUAUCUGCCUGGUUCACAAACGCAAGCACACAUAUUUCUCUUGCGUCCGGAAACUUGUGGUAAUUUGUCAGUGUUUCUGUAAUCUUUGGGACGGCCUGGGAUCGUCGCUUCCCGCUCCCCCUCAGUUCAGUUGGUUUUUCCACCUGGUUUCUGCAUGUGAACACAGCAUCACUGGCUGAUUACGCCGACUAAAGUACCUGCAGCCCACCGGUUACAUGGAGACGACUUUGUCCUACAGCUCCAUAGAGGACCUGCAGCUCCUCUCCUGGGACAACGCUCCCAAGUACUGCAUCCAGCUCAGCAUCCCUGGAGGCACCAUCCUGCUGCAGGCUGCCAACAGCUACCUGAGGGACCAGUGGUUUCACUCCCUGCAGUGGAAGAAAAAGAUCUACAAAUACCGUAAAGUCCUGAACAACCCGAGCCGCUGGGACGUGGUGCUGAAGGAGAUCCGAGCGCUGGUGGACAUGGCUCUGACCUCCCCGCUGCAGGACGAAUCCAUCCACCAGGCCCCGCUGCACAUCAUCUCCACCCUGCUGGCAGAGAACUCGAACCUGAGCGCUCAGGAUCACGAGAACAUCAUCGUGGCAAUCGCUCCGCUUUUGGAAAACAACCACCCGCCGCCCGACCUGUGCGAGUUCUUCUGUAAGCAUUGUCGGGAGCGGCCGCGCUCCAUGGUUGUGAUCGAAGUUUUCACGCCUGUGGUCCAGAGAAUCCUCAAACACAACAUGGAUUUCGGGAAGUGCCCUCGGCUUCGUCUCUUCACUCAGGAGUACAUUCUGGCUCUGAACGAGCUGAACGGCGGGAUGGAGGUGGUUAAGAAGUUUAUCCACAGCAUGCACGGCCCGACGGGGCAGUGCCCUCACCCCCGUGUGCUGCCCAACCUGGUGGCCGUCUGCCUGGCGGCCAUCUACUCCUGCUACGAAGAGUUCAUCAACAGCAGAGACAACUCUCCCAGCCUGAAGGAGAUCAGGAACGGCUGCCAGCAGCAAAACGACCGCAAGCCGCCGAUGCCGCUCCGGCUGCUGCGACCAGAACCGCCGACGCCGCCUCCCUCCACCAUCCUGCCUCUCUCCAGCGCCCCCCAGCCGUCUCCACCCGUCCCCGCUAACCCGGCGACUCCGUCCAUCCCCAUCUCGUCCCCGACGCCCUGCCUGCCGCUCUCCCCUCCGCCCUCCAUCGUCAACUCCAGCGAGAUCCUGGUGGAGCUGGAGCGGAACAACAACACGGCCAACGCCAAGCGGAAGGGCGGGCCUGCAGGGGGCGACAGCGAGCCGAACCUCAUCGACUGCCUGCUGGUCAGCCCGGCUGUGAACACGCUGUCCAUCCAGCUGCCGGCGCAGGCCGACCGAGUGCUGGGCUGCUUCGCCCUCAUCCUCAAGAUGCUGUCGGACUACGAUGACUGGAGACCGGCUCUGGCCAGUCUGCUGCAGCCCAUCCCGUUCCCGAAAGAGGCUCUGGCUCAUGCCAAAUUCACAAAGGAGCUGAAAUACGUCAUCCAGAGGUUUGCAGAGGAUCCCAGGCAGGAGGUUCACUCCUGCCUGCUCAGCGUUCGCUCAGGCAAAGAUGGCUGGUUCCAGCUCUACAGCCCCGGGGGCGUGGCCUGUGACGACGACGGCGAGCUGUUUGCUAGCAUGGUCCACAUCUUGAUGGGUUCCUGCUACAAAACCAAGAAGUUCCUCCUCUCUCUGGCUGAGAACAAGUUGGGUCCCUGCAUGCUGCUGGCCCUGCGAGGGAACCAGACCAUGGUCGAGAUUUUGUGUCUGAUGCUGGAGUACAACAUCAUCGAGAACAAAGACACGCAGCUGCAGAUCAUCUCCACCCUGCAGAGCACGCAGGUGGGCUUCCGCAUGUACGAGCAGCUCUGCGACCGUCAGCGGGAGCUCAAGGAGCUGCAAAGAAAAGGAGGUCCCACCCGGCUGACUCUGCCCUCCAAGUCCACGGAUGCAGAUCUGGCCCGCCUGCUGAGUUCAGGCUCCUUCGGGAACUUGGAGAACUUGAGCCUGGCCUUCACCAACGUCACCAGUGCCUGCGCGGAGCAGCUCAUCAAGCUGCCAUCACUCAAACAGCUCAACCUCUGGUCCACUCAGUUCGGGGAUGCAGGACUGAGGUUGUUAUCCGAGCAUCUGGCCUGCCUUCAGGUCCUGAACCUGUGUGAGACGCCAGUCACCGACGCCGGCCUGCUGGCUCUGAGCUCCAUGAAGAGCCUGUGCAGCCUGAACAUGAACAGCACCAAGCUCACAGCCGACACGUACGAAGACCUCAAGGCCAAACUGCCCAACCUGAAGGACGUUGAUGUCCGGUACACAGAGGCCUGGUGAUCCGCCACAGCCUCCUGCCCCAUCCAUGGUCACACACACACACACACCACCAUCAAUUGCAUCGACCAGAACCUCAGCGCCUCUCCGCCAGCCAGCUAUGGAGGAGAUUUCUUCAGCUUCAACCACUUCAGGGUGCAGCCGUGAAGGAAAGGUCAACAUUUCUCCGUGGAUGUUUCAUCCCUCUUUUUUUAGGAUCUGUUUUAGUCAGACUGCACAGGGACCGCACCCUUUCAUCCGUCCUUCGCCCUAAAUGGUCUCUGAGUUUUGAGGCUUCCUGUGAUGAACGCUGGAGACGUUCAGGUGUUGUGUCCGAAACCGUUUCCCCUCUAAGACGAGUUCCUCCCACCAGUUCUGACCUCAUGUCACGUCAGUAGCCCCACGUUGCAUUCAAAUACACCUCGUAUUCUAGAUAAUCUUGAUUAAAAUUAAUCUAAAAUCAGAUAAUCAAACUUUAAUAUCAUGAAAUGCCACCAGACUUAAUCAGCACUUUCUAAAUAUUUAUCAUGAAUUUGUUUUAUUAAUAAUUUUUUAAAAAUGGAGACAGAAAUAAAAUUUUGUAAAA